AUGAGCGAUCCAGGAUCCAAAGUGGAAGAGUCUUUCGCUAGCGUGUCUGAAACCUUGUCUUUCCCCGAAGGUGGAUUGAGAGCGUGGAGGACGAUUUGUGGUGUGUAUGUAUGCGCUCUUGUUCAAUUCUCCACAUUUGGGUAUACAAAUGCUUAUGGUGUUUAUAAUGACUACUAUGUGCGAGAGUAUAUGAUAAACAUAUCAUCGUCUAAGUUGAGUUGGAUUGGCAGCGUGCAGCUCAUGCUUGUGCUCUCCGUUGGUCUCUUCAGCGGAAGACUAUACGAUACUGGGUACUUCUAUCAUCUAAUGAUAGGCGGUGCCUUCUUGUUCGUUUUCAGCCUCUUUAUGCUAUCACUAACGAAUCCAGGACAAUUCUAUCAAGUUUUUCUCUCCCAAGGUAUCGGAGCCGGCCUCGCGAUAGGCAUCAUGUACAUUCCGGGGAUUGCAGUGGUAUCGCACUAUUUUCAGCGUCGUCGAACGUUUGCUAUGGGUAUCGCGACUACGGGCUCCGGCUUGGGAGGCACCGUCCAGCCAAUCAUGUUGAACAAGCUAUUUUAUGGCCGUGUGGGGUUCCAUAAUGGUGUGAGAAUUAGCGCGGCGUUCAACGCCGGGGUCUUGAUCAUCGCUUUGCUCCUUAUGCGCACGAGGUUGCCCCCUACCCCAAGGAAAGAUGGCAGCACGCUUUUGCAUAUGCGGAUGUUCUUCCGGGAGGGUCCGUAUGUUGCUACUGUUGUGGGAACGAUGCUUAUCCUUGCUGGCCUCUACUUUCCCAUUUUCUUUCUGCAGUUGAUCGCUGUCAAAAACGGUAUCAGUGCUGACUUGGCGUUCUACUUGCUACCGGUACUUAAUGCUUUCACGAUCCUUGGCCGAGUUAUGCCUUCUCUUUUCGUUCAUCAAAUGGGGAUUUACAACUUCAUGAUACCAUGCGUAACAUCAUGCGCCGUACUGAUAUACUGCACGUUGACUGUGAAAACAGUUGCCGCGAGUUAUAUUAUUGCCCUUCUUUAUGGUUUCUUCGUUGGUGCAUACGUCGGCUUCCUAGCGCCCAUGGUAGGUUCACUGGCUCGACGAGAUUCAGAGAUCGGAGCGCGCAUGGGCAUCUGUUUCACGUUCACUGGUGCGUCGCUUGAGUUGAUUUCGAAAACCCCCUCCUCCUACUCCCGAAAACCCUUAUUCUCCCCCUUGCAGGUUUCGGAGGCCUCGUGGGUACGUUACCCUGCUAGUAGAGGCAGAUAUAUACCAAGUUUACACACGCAUAGGAAACCCCAUUGCUGGAGCGCUGUUGACUUCAUCUUAUAUAUGGUGGCGACCCAGCCUCUUCGCUGGUUUGUGUGUCACUUGUGGGGCCAUUCUGUUCGCGUUGGCGCGCUUCGGGGUGGCCAGGCAGAAGGGGACUCGGAGAGUGUAGUUCUGCGAAGCACGUUGGAAAAAAUGAUGGCCGCCUAGGCCUUGCAUGUGAUCGAGUGAACAUGUAUUUAUUUAUCUAUAGACUUUUUCGCCGUAGGAAAGCCC